CUUUCCUUUUACGUCAGCCGGCGAAGAACUACUUCCUCCCUUCUCCCUCCCUCUCUCUCAUCAUUCUCAGAUCUCUCCCUCCCCCUCCCUCCCUCCCUCUCUUCGAAUCCUGCCCGCCUCGCCGUUCUCGCAUUCCGCCGCUCGCCUUCGCGGAUCCCACCGCUCCUUCGUCGCAGGUGUUCUUGCCUCCCUGCGUCCGCGGUCCCGGAAGCGGCUGCCGGAUCAUCCGCGGCGGGAGUCGAGCCCGCCACCUCCGGUGGGUGGUGGGUUUGCCGGAUGGUUAUCGCUUCCUGAUCCAUCCAGACCCCGGAUCCGCCGCAAAGGCGGCGCCUUUUGUGGGUUCUCCGCGCCAUGCUGGAGGGUUUGGGGCGUCGGCGGUGAGGCGGGCCGGGCCUCUGGUUUAGUUCUUGCGUUGGACUAGUCCGGAGAUGCUUCGAGGAACAGGGCACGGGGGCGGCGAUGCGCGAAGGCGGGCACUGGAGCACCGCCGCUCGGCGCGGCGGCGGCUGCCGGGGUGGAUCUGGUGGCUCCUCGGGAUCUUCCUCCUCGUUGGGUUCAUGCUCUUCGUCCUGCACCACAAUCAGAAGGAGCAGUUCCGGCCGCCCGUCGUGGAUAAUGGUUCAGAAAUCGAGGAAAUCCCUCAUGAGAAGGUGAAUUUCACAGAAGAGCUUUUGAGCAGCACAUCACUUGCUCGCCAAUUAGCGGAUCAGAUGACUUUAGCAAAGGCAUAUGUCAUCCUUGCUAAAGAGCAUGGCAAUCUUCAGCUUGCAUGGGAGCUUAGUUCGCAGAUAAGGAACUGUCAAAGAUUGCUAUCUGAAGGGGCAGUUAGUGGGCGAGCAAUUACUCAAGACGAAGCCCAUCCUAUAAUAAGCCGGCUAGCACGGUUAAUAUACAAGGCACAGGAUGCUCACUAUGAUAUCAGCACAACGAUAGUGACAUUGAAGAGCCAUGCCCUUGCACUAGAGGAGCGUGCAAAGGCAGCAAUUGUUCAGAGUGCUGAGUUUGGUCAGUUAGCAGCUGAAUCCUUCCCUAAAACUCUGCACUGCUUAACUGUGAAACUGACGGAAGAGUGGCUUCGGAACCAGAAGCAUAGGAGUCGCUCAGAGGAGCAGCGGAAUUCCACAAGAUUGGUGGACAAUAAUCUGUAUCAUUUCUGUAUAUUCUCUGAUAAUGUGCUGGCCACUUCAGUUGUUGUCAAUUCUACAGUCUCCAAUGCAAAUCACCCUCAACAGCUUGUGUUCCAUGUGGUCACUGACAGGAUCCAUUUUGGCGCAAUGUCUACUUGGUUCCUCAUAAAUGACUUCAAAGGUUGCACUGUUGAAGUCCGCUGCAUAGAUGAGUUCUCGUGGUUGAAUGCUUCUUCAUCUCCUCUGGUCAGGCAGCUAUCUGAGGCGGAAACUCAGGGUUACUACUACUCAGCUGGUUCAAAAAAUCCUGAAAGAGAAAUAAAAUUCCAUAAUCCAAAGUUUGUUUCUCUGCUAAACCAUUUACGGUUCUACAUUCCUCAGAUACUCCCCAACUUGGAGAAGGUGGUGUUUCUCGAUGAUGAUGUUGUGGUGCAGAAGGACCUGACACAGCUGUUCUCGAUAGAGUUGCAUGGUAAUGUCAUUGGAGCAGUGGAAACUUGUUUAGAGUCAUUUCAUCGGUAUCACAAGUAUCUCAAUUUUUCGCACCCAACUAUCAGCUCCAAGAUUGAUCCACAUACUUGUGGAUGGGCUUUUGGAAUGAACAUCUUUGACUUGAUAGCUUGGAGAAAGGCAAACGCCACAUCACUUUACCAUUAUUGGCAAGAGCAAAAUUCUGAUCUAUUGCUCUGGAGGACCGGAACGCUCCCUGCAGGUCUUUUAACAUUUUAUGGCCUGAUGGAGCCCCUAGACCGCAGAUGGCAUGUCUUGGGUCUGGGGUAUGAUGUGGACAUAGAUGAUCGGUUGAUUGAGAGUGCUGCUGUUGUGCACUAUAAUGGAAACAUGAAACCCUGGCUGAAGUUGGCUAUUCGCCGUUACAAGUAUAUAUGGGAGCGGUAUGUGAAUAUCUCGCACCCGUAUGUUAGAGAGUGUAUGUUACAUUAGAAAGUCUGCAAAUCUCUGUAUGUUCUUGCAUGCCAUUGAAGCUGUAUGCUUCAGUUCUUCACAUGAGGCUUGCUUUUGAGCACCUUAUGUGAGGGGUGUUUCAGAGAGGUAGAAUAUAUACUCAAGGGACAAGCAUCAAAGAAGUCAACUGUUAAAGUUUUCUUUUUGGGUUGGGGGAAGAUUCAUUUUGAGAUGAAAAUAAUUCAUUUGCAGAUUUUACAUACGAUUUCGACUGGAAAUUUUAGCAGUCUAACCAGAUACAUCUGGAUAGAUAUUGUAAAAGAGAUACAGUUGUUGGAUCAAUGGGCCAAUUUUUUGAGAUGUUAGGAAAUGCCAAUUGCCAGUUCAGCUGUGCAGGAUCACUGGUGUUGCAUUCUUUUCAUAGUAUCUUAUUUUAUACCGGUGAAGAAGGUUCUUUCCUCUGUAUAAAUAGCAGUUCUAUACACCUUAGACAGUAUGAACUCAGUUGAAACUGAAGAAAGGAAUUUGAAAUCAUUUUGAUGUGCUGAACA